GUACAUGAAUAGCGAAGUAAAUUUGUCUGUUAUCAGAGCCUUGAAAUAAGUCGAGCGAAAAUUAGACGGGAAGGAGUAAAUCUCUUUUAGAAGGUCGGACUUGAACGUUUUUUUUGUUACUAAAAUAUCUCGUGCGUUUUACAGUAUGUCGCGAUCGUAAGUUUAGAUAUUAUAUAUGCUCUAGCAUUAACUUCAAUUUUUCCAUACUUUUUUACACUUAGAUAAUUUAAUAUUUUUCUAAUAAAUAUUAGUUGUAAAAAUGGGCGAAGAAAAGCCGAUGGGUUUAAUAAAACAAGCUGUGAUUCAAAUCGGAGCUGGUGGAUCAGCUGGCUUUGUUGAAGUUUGUGCGAUGCAUCCGAUGGAUAUUAUUAAAACGCGGUUGCAAUUGCAAGUUAAGACUGCUGAAGUUAAUCCUUUGUACUAUACAGGUAUCCGUGAUUGUAUGAAAAAAAUGUAUCACAAUGAAGGUCUAGGUGCAUUUUGGAAGGGAAUUUUACCACCAAUUAUUGCCGAAACUCCUAAAAGAGCUUUAAAAUUUUUUACCUUUGAACAGUACAAACAAUUAUUUACUUCAGGUUCGGAUUUACCAAUUCCUGUGAUUCUAGCAUUAGCGGGUUUUUGUGCUGGAAUAACAGAAGGCUUAGUAGUAAAUCCAUUCGAGGUGGUAAAAGUCCACUUGCAGUCAAACCGCUCUCAAAUGAAGCUCUGUCCCAGUACCUUAGCGGUCACUAGAAAAAUAGUCCAGGAGAGCGGUCUGGGUCUGACGGGACUUAACCGCGGACUCUCUGCUACAGCGCUACGAAAUGGGAUUUUUAAUUGUUGCUACUUCGGGUUCUAUCACUCGGCUAAAGGGUAUAUUCCUGUUAAUGAAGAUCCUUGGAUUGAGUUCCUCACAAAGGUAGGAUUAGGUUUCACAGCUGGCACAUUAGCAUCUUGUAUGAAUAUUCCGUUCGACGUCGCCAAAAGCCGAAUUCAAGGUCCUCAAAAUAAAAUCGCGUAUAAAGGAACUUUUAAAACCUUGAGAAUUGUUUAUCAACAAGAAGGAUUUGCAGCACUGUACAAAGGACUGGUACCUAAAAUACUAAGACUGGGACCUGGAGGAGCCAUAAUGCUCAUAGUUUACGAGUACAUGCAUUCCUUCUUGACGGAAAAACUCAAAAGCUGA